AGUGGGCCUAGCGCAGUGCUAGUGCCCUUGCCUGGUGACGGACCGGUUCUUCUAAUGAAUCUUCAGUUCAGUUCAGUUUUGGCUUUCUGCCUUUUGCUUUCUCCCGACUGAUCUUAGAUCACUUAGUUUGAAUUUUGGAGUGUUUGUGGAAAGUAGUUACCGGUAACUAUUACCAGAUUACUUUUAUCGUUCGGAGAAGUAGUUCGCGUAGCUGAACGCUACAUGCUGUGACUUCUCUGGCAGACACGAUCGUCGACGUCCACCAUCGUCCACCGCUAGGGCUCGAACUGGUCAAGUUAUCACCUAGUAUUUCUACAGACAAUCACUUUGAAUCAGUGAAGUUUUGAAUUGCCACCACAAAAUUCUAAGUCCGCUAUUUUGUCUUUUCGGUGUAUCUCAUAAUCUGUCGACGGAUGAUCUCGAGCUAAGUAACUUAGUUCAUAAUACCAUAGAAAUAUCGAUCCUCAUGCAACGGCUACAUUGGCUGCGGAGGUGAUCUAUUCUGCACGGGCUGCAGUUCAGUCUUGCGCUGCCCAGUGCCGGCCCGGUGGAUUACUUUAGUCUGCGACUAGCCACUCUGAUCUGCCACCGCGUACCGACGAUCUUACAGCUGCAUUGGCAAACAUGGAGAAGUCUUCUGCCAGUGUGGAUAUCACUGAUGGUCUGGCAUCACUGCAGUUUGGCAGCGGUAACGACAGCGAGCUGUUGGGCCUGCUGCCGCUGAAAAGAAGAUUUCGCCAGCACACGUGUGGCAGCUGCGCGGCUGCUGCGUUCUUCGUUGCCAGCUUGAACGGGGCGCUGAAGCUAGCCUUGAGCACCUCCAGAAAUCCAAUCAGCACCGUCUCUGCACGGCGUGGCGCCGCGUUCUGGAAGCAGCGAAAGCGCCACGGUGCUGCCGCUGAUGAUGUUCGGCUGCGAGUGGGGUUCAUUGGCUGCGGGCGGCUGGCCAGGCAACUGCUGUCCGUACUGGUUGCCUUCAGCUCCGUGAAGCCGUGUGAUGUAGUUAUCAGCACACCACGACUGGGUGAAGUGGAAGAUCUGCAGGCACUGGGUAUCUCGUGCAUUUUUGAUAACCUGCAAGUUGUGCAGCAAGCUGACAUCGUCUUUCUCUGCUGUCUGUCUUUCGCGCUGAAAGAGGUCGCGUCGGACAUCUUUGGCCAAAUUCCUCCACGGUGCAUCAUUUACAGUGUAGUUGCCUCUAACCCAGCCACGCGCCUGCGCAAUAUCCUCCGGCACGACCAGGUCGUGACGUUGCCACAUGCUGAAAGAGGCGAUACAGGUGGUGAACGAAAAGCCAAUGAAUUCUCUGGUCAUGGUUCAAGCGUUGCUUCGAAAUCCACGGUACACUCUAGCGGAUUGGCUGCAGGAAGCAGCGUGCAUGCAUCAACCAGUCAAAGCCUUCUCUCCGUCGAUUAUGCUCCCAUGAGGGAGACUGCUGCUCAGUCAGACCAGUUCACAGCACCGUCGCUAAGAGACGAGGGCCUGGAAAUGCUAACGCAAAGUCUCCCGUGCAUCAGCACAGUCGGUGACGACAGUGAGAGGCAUGUCGCGGCGCAGCACAUCUUCACGCUGCUGCGCUCCCGCCAAUUCUGCACCGACAUUUUCCCACUGGCACGACUGCUUACAUCUGAUCACGGAGCUCUUGCUGACGAUGACGGCGGUAUUGUCACAGUUGAUGAUGGUAUAAACUGGGCAGCGCAGUUAACCGUCGCUGUUUGGAAUAUGAUUCUAUCACUGUUUAGUUGCUCUCAUUCAGAAGCGGUAUCGAUCAUCAACUGGGUCCUGUUUGACAGGAAGUCGUCGCCGGAAUCACACCUAUCCCAGCAGACACAUGUGCUUAGCUCUUGUUUUCUAUGCCCGGACGACUUGCAGCUCAGUAUAGCCAGCGGACCAGGUUGUCAUGGCACAGUACGGAACGAUGGUGCAGCCCUACAAGCGAAUGCCCUUGGUUUAGACGAUUUCGCUCCACAGUACUCCUUGUGCGACGUCCAAGUGGCCUUCCCUUGUCUUUGGGCUCGUUUCACGGAUGACCUGGAUUUGGCCGGAGCCAUUCAAAAGAAGUUCUUGGCGCUGUUCGGAAUGUCAUCGGCUCUGCACGGGAAAUCAGCGACAAAAAUCAGCACCCGUUCUUGGUCCACGAAGCCGCAGAGAGCAGCAUGAGACCGCCCUGAACUAAGCUGUCACUUCAAGACAUGCUACUGAGUGGUACACACAGCAUAUGGUACGGUGUAUACACUGCAGAUACCGGUCAGUCGCCUAGGGUACUAUAUCUUGAGUAUAUAGUCUUUCACUGUAGACCAAAAAUGCUCUUUGAGAUCAUGUGACUUGAAGCAGAGACUUACAGAUUUGCACACCGGUUCUGGUUUUAGUAACAAAUCUCCUCCAGUCCACAUCACUGUCAUCGGUACUGCAUGUACCACUACAUACACUGUAGUAACAGUCUGCGCCUUCAGGGAUAUACAGUGUUUUAGUUGCAGCCACAGGACAUUUCCGCACGAGCUAUAACUAUAAGUCAUCAUCAUGGAGGACUUGCCCUAUUCAGCUUGUCCCCAGGUCCUGUGAACAGUACUUGGAGACGGUUGAAUUACAGAGAAUUAUCUACAACGUAUCUAAUUAUAUUCUAUUUAUUACGAUAGAAAACUCGUCCACAUCAGUAUUCCUAUUAUACAAUUUAGCUUGGGUAUAACGACACUCCACACUCCCUCAGGAGCCACCGUGUGCUGCACUGGGCAGCACAGCGGGCUCUUUCGUCGUUGUUGAUGAUCUGUUUUUACACGGC